AUGUCGCAAGAAGAAAAGAUCGACAACAAGGCAGAAGAAUCUUCCUGGCAUGAGGCUCCUACACAAGGCGAACCUGUUAAUCCUCAAAGCCGCAAAGUUAUUGUCGUUCUUGAAAACGCUUCAUUGGAAGCUGCUCGCUUGGUUGCUUACAGACACGACAGCAAAAUGCAGCUGCUAAAUUGCGAUGAACAUCAAUCUAUCCUAAAGAGACUUGGCAGAGAUAUUGCUGAUGCUAGACCUGAUAUUGUCCACCAGUGUCUCUUGACUCUAUUGGAUAGUCCUUUGAACAAAUCUGGUCAUUUGGAAGUUUACAUCCAUACGGCCAAAGGAGUCGUGAUCAGAAUCAAUCCUGAAUGCCGUAUACCAAGAACUAUUAAGCGCUUUUCUGGAUUAAUGGUUCAAUUGUUAGAAAGAGGAAGCAUUUCAAGUGAUAUAGAGGGACACACAAAGCUACUGGAAAUCGUACCACCUCCUGUUGUUCAAUAUUUACCUGAAGGUUCCCGAAAAAUAGCUCUGUCAUGGAAUGCACCCAAAGUUCGUUUGAGAGAGUUCUUUACAGAUAUCCCAGAUUACACUCCUAUUGUAGUUGCUGUUGGAGCCAUGGCAAAAGGACCAGACAGUUUUGCUGAUGAGUAUGUUACAGAAAAGAUUGGUAUCUCAUCUUACGCUUUGUCGGCCUCAGUAGCUUGUGCCAAAGUCUGUUGUGCUUUUGAGGAUCUUUGGGAUAUUAUGUAG